AUGGCUGAAGUUACCGUGCACGGCGUACUUUAUAUAAAGCCGGUGAAUAAUGCGACCCUUAUAGCGCUACUGGUGAAACGCGGCUACGAGGAUCGCGCACCCAUUGUGGAUUACAAGAUCGAUGCAUGUGCCUUCUUUCGUAAUAAACGUCGAAAUUUUCUAGCGAAUUUCGCCUAUAAAGCUAUGGGUUUGGAUAAGUAUAGCAAUAUGAAUCAUACCUGCCCAUAUGAUCACGAUAUGCUACUCGAUCGCUAUGCCUUCAAUGGCCCAGCUCUUGGUAAAGUAAUCCCAUUUGGCAAUGGCGAAUUCACUUUCACCACAAAAUGGUCUGCUUAUAAUUUGAAAGUGUACAUCAACUAUAAUAUCUACAUCGCUAUAGGUAGCCCAGUAGGUGGUUAA